ACGGGAGGCUUGGAGCGCGACGUUAGCGCAGUGCACCGCGCAUGCCUCCCGCUUUCUCGCGUUCCGCUCUAACCUCCAAGUUGUCGUCCACUUUCCUCGCUCAGCGAAAUCGCGAGUCCGGGACAGGUUAGGUCGCCAGGAGCCACGCACUGGACUGGAGGUGACCGGAGGAGCCCUCGGCGCGCGUUCCAGGCCAGCACAGGCAGAUUCGCACAACGCGGUAAGUCUCGUAGCGUAGAGUGUUCCCAGCGUACGAUGAACAUGGCAGCGAGCGCUGGCCUCACGCGGCAGGAGGUGCUGAUGCUGGUGGCGAGGUUGACGUGCGUCGCGGCGAUCGGUUUCUUCAGCAUGCGAUGGCUCAUCAGUCAGCUUGAUCCUACCAGGAGUACCAAGCAAAGGGCCAAGAAGAAGGCUCGAGAGCAGUUGCGCAAGUUGGCAGAGAGCGACACGUAUGCGCGAUCCUUUGACAUGGACCAGUUGACAGACUACGAAAUGAUAAUAGCCAAUCAUCUGGUGGAUCCAAGCGACAUUAAGGUAUCGUGGAGCAGUAUCGCUGGUCUGGACAACGUUAUUCAAGAGCUCAAGGAGACAGUCAUCCUGCCAAUACAGAGAAAGGAGUUGUUCGAAGAUUCACAGUUGACUCAAGCGCCCAAGGGAGUAUUGCUGUACGGUCCGCCAGGUUGCGGCAAGACCAUGAUCGCCAAGGCUACCGCUCGGGACGCGAAAACACGCUUCAUAAAUCUUGACGUGAGCAUUUUGACUGACAAGUGGUACGGGGAGAGCCAGAAGCUGGCCUCCGCCGUUUUCUCGUUAGCGGUGAAACUGCAGCCCUGCAUUAUUUUCGUUGACGAGAUAGAUUCGUUUUUGAGAUCGCGCAAUUCACAGGAUCACGAGGCCACGGCGAUGAUGAAGGCCCAGUUUAUGUCAAUGUGGGACGGUUUGAUAACCGAUCCUGACUGCACCGUGAUUAUAAUGGGAGCCACUAAUAGGCCACAGGAUUUAGAUAAGGCAAUUCUGCGUCGUAUGCCAGCGACCUUCCACGUUGGAUUGCCAAAUGAGCAGCAGCGGGUAAAAGUAUUGCAAUUGAUAUUGAAAAACGAGCCAACUGCAGACAACGUAGAGAUCUCAACGUUGGCGAAACAUACAGAAGGCUUUUCUGGGUCUGAUUUGCAAGAACUUUGUCGGAACGCGUCUAUAUAUCGUAUUAGAGACUAUUUAUGCUCGCACGACGGACUCAAGUGCGAGAACAACACAGAAGAUGAAUAUGACGAAGAAUUUCACGAUACCGUGCGGCCCAUCACGAUGGAGGACUUGCUGAAAUCGUUCAGAAAAAUGAGAACUUCAAAACUGCACACGGGAACGCUCAGCACGAGGCAGCUGGAUCUAGAUUAAGGAAAGAAAUUUAUCCUUUGUUAAUUGCUGUCCGUGACUGUUUUUUUUUUCACAGUUCUUCGUGUGUUACAUAGCUGUUACGACAACGAUGACAGUGAUAUUCUGCUUCGUUACGAAACUACAAUCGUCGAUACUGUUGCGAGUGGUUUCCUCGUCGUGAACGUUAAAGAAUUUUUAUGGAAACAUUAUGAUGUUGAAGUAGCGCGAGUAGAAUCAUCGAGCGAAGUGUUUAUAAUUCCAUAGUAAAAGACAUCGUAGGAAAAAUUGUAUAAUAACAUCAAUUGGAAUAUUUCUCCGAGUAUUACAUUAAAUUCAUUGUCUAUAAUGACAAUGAAUGGCCUGGAUGUUAUUUAAUCUUAUUUCAAAAUUUUUUAUUUUAUUUUAUUUGAUUUCUUUUGUAGAGAAUAUAAUAUG